GAUAGCUGGAAGCAAACUGGAUUUGUAAUAAUGGUUGCAGCGUCAGAGUCUCCAGAAAAGACUGUUGUUUUAAAUGGAAAGAAGGUCUCCAAACCUUUGAUGGAAAAGAAGAGAAGGGCCAGAAUAAACGAGUGUCUGGAACAGCUGAAAACCCUUCUUGAAAAUCAUUACACGAACAAUAUUCGAAAACGUAAACUCGAGAAAGCUGAUAUUUUGGAAUUAACGGUGAAACAUCUGCGAAACUUACAUAAAUACCAGCAAGAUUCUUCUAUCAAUCCGUUAAAGCAUCCUGAGUACCAGGCAGGUUUCAGGAACUGCCUGAACGGAGUGAACCAGUAUUUGAUGAGGGAGAACUCCACCGGAAGCAUAAGGUUGAAUAUGCUGAAGCAUUUAAGCAGCAGCAUGCUGGCGGCGGGAGAACCGGCGUCCUGCAACAGCACCGCGGACAGCGACGCCGCGGAGCACUGGAGCGCCGAGGCCGCCUCGCCAGCAGCCCCGCGAGGCGUGCGCUCGGCACGCGAGCGUCUGCAACGCCUGCCUGUGUUUUGCCACCCCUUGGUGACGAGCGCACCCGAAACGUCCGCAUCGAUCUUCAGUACACGCCGAAGCUCCGAAACUGUAGUCGGGGGACAACAUCACGACCAACACCCCUCCUCCAAUGGACUUAGCAACUUAUGCCAACAAGCGUUUCUUAAAGAUGAUUAUCCAAGUGGCGGAUAUCAUGAGAGACAGUGCAGUCGCCACGUUUCAACAAGUACUGGACAUGCCUGUAUUAUUUCACAGAGCUAUUGGCGCCCAUGGUGAAAUGUUUAAUAGCUGGUUAAUUACUUUAUAGUGCUCCUUGAUCCGACCCUAAGGGUCAGGACCCUAAGAAUGAACUUUUUUUUUACUAAUUUGCACUGUAGUCUUUAUUGUAUACAUGUUAUAUUAUAAUACAUAGGAAUUAUUUUUUUUCUA